GUUUGCUCUCCUAGAAUUCUCAAGUUGAACAUGAAGAAUCUUUAGAUAGUACAAUAUAGUACAUCAUUUGAUAUGCUUUUCUUUUCCUUGAGAAAUCAAAAGGCUGGUUAUGCUUUAUAUGCUUUUAUUCAUGUUUGUAAGUUUCGUGUUUCGUUGAUUGAUUCUUACCUUUCAAGUAAGGCUUUGUACCUUUUGGCUCAUCAUUGCCUUGGGAGGCUUUAACUAUAUUUAUGUUUUGUGGAACUUAAAUCUUUCCAUUAAAGGAAGUUUUGGUCAUCGGUAUGGAUUAUGGCUUAGGGAUACCUGGUGAUGGAAGAUGUUUGUUUCGGUCUGUGGUUCAUGGGGCUAGCAUAAGAACAGGGAAGCCAUCUCCAAGUGAGAGCCUUCAAAGAGAACUUGCAGAUGAGCUUAGAGCUAAAGUUGCAGACGAAUUCGUUAAGAGGCGGGCAGACACUGAAUGGUUUCUUGAAGAUGAUUUUGAGACCUAUAUUGGACAGAUGAGACAACCUCAUAGUUGGGGAGGCGAGCCUGAGUUGCUCAUGGCCUCACAUGUUCUACAUUUCAUACUCUUAUCCAGGAUGCCAAUCACUGUGUACAUGCGAGACAGGACUGACAAGAAUUCUAGUAACCUUAGGAUCAUAGCUGAAUAUGGUCAAGAAUAUGGUAAAGAUAACCCUAUACGUGUACUUUAUAAUGGUUGUGGACACUACGAUGCUUUGCGGAGUCCUACUCAUGGUGCACAAUUCAAGCUGUUCAAGCAAAGGUGACUGAAUAUUUAAUACAGGAUUCGGUCAUAUUCAGGUUAUUGGAGUGUUUCCUAUUGUGCCUCUCAAAAUUGUACAACUAACAAAAUUAAUAAAUGAUCUUGGAUCAGAUUACUUCUCUCUA